AUGAACGCUGUGAACGCCGAGGGCCGCACUUACGGGACCGCCUGCUGGACGGCGGCCUACGCCUCACUGACGCCGCUGUUCCGCGAGCUGCGCCUCAUGCUGCGCAACUGCUACCGCUACAACGGGCCGCAGCACAGCAUCACGCGGCGCGCGCUCCGGCUGGAGCAGACCAUGGAGCAGCUGAUCGACCAGAUGGAGCCCGACCUGCGUGACCAGUGUACCCUGGAGGCGACCGAGGGACCGGAGGCCGUGGUCGACACGUCACUGGUCAGCCGGAGACGCUCCGCUAGGGGCAAGAAGCCCACGUACUUCUCACACGUGCUGCACGCGGUGCGCCACGAGCGCGCCGAGAGGGAGAAGGCGUACCGGCGUCAGCAGCUGGAGGCGCGCCGGGCGCGGCUGGAGCGCCGCGAGCUGCGCAUCGUGCAGUGGGAGGCGGCGCUGCUA